GGGGAUGCCCGCCAGCAUGUUCAGCAUCGACAACAUCCUGGCCGCCCGGCCGCGCUGCAAGGACUCGGUGCUGCCGGUGGCGCCCAGCGCCGCGGCUCCCGUCGUCUUCCCGGCCCUGCACGGGGACUCGCUCUACGGCGCCGGCGGCGGCGCCGCCUCCUCGGACUAUGGCGCCUUCUACCCGCGCCCCGUGGCCCCCGGCGGCGCAGGCCUCCCGGCCGCGGUCGGCGGCUCCCGCCUGGGCUACAACAACUACUUCUACGGGCAGCUGCACGUGCAGGCGGCACCCGUGGGCCCGGCCUGCUGCGGGGCCGUGCCGCCGCUGGGUGCCCAGCAGUGCUCCUGCGUCCCGACGCCCCCAGGCUACGAGGGCCCCGGCUCGGUGCUGGUGUCCCCUGUGCCGCACCAGAUGCUGCCCUACAUGAACGUGGGCACCCUGUCGCGCACCGAGCUGCAGCUCCUCAACCAGCUGCAUUGCCGGCGGAAGCGGCGGCACCGCACCAUCUUCACCGACGAGCAGCUCGAGGCUCUGGAGAACCUCUUCCAGGAGACCAAGUACCCAGACGUGGGUACCCGCGAGCAGCUGGCCCGGAAGGUGCACCUCCGCGAGGAGAAAGUGGAGGUCUGGUUUAAAAACCGCCGCGCCAAAUGGAGGCGGCAGAAGCGGUCCUCGUCGGAGGAGUCGGAAAACGCCGAGAAGUGGAACAAGACGUCGUCGAAGGCGUCGCCUGAGAAGAGGGAAGAGGAAGGUAAAAGCGAUUUGGACUCGGACAGCUGACGGCCGCGGGCCGGCCGUGGCCCUUGCCUAACUCGAAGGACUUGCACACCCAGACGAUGCUACUUUCUUGCACACGCGCUGCCUUGCGGGAGGGGGGUCGAGAACGAGGAACGAGGAGCUGUAAAUAGUGUACCGUCCGGAGGGUGGGCGCCUGGGGUCGGGCCGCGCCGGGGCUUGCUG